AUGCUCCGGGCGUCUCCCACCUCUGCUGGGCCCGGGCCCCUCUCUCGACCCAGGCCCCUCGGCAACAGCAGUGAGGAUGAGCUGGAUCCCCGGGACCCAGUGCUGGCCCGGGCCGAGGUGGCCCUGCUCUCCACGGUCUUUGUGGCUGUGGCCCUGAGCAACGGCCUGGUGCUGGGGGCCCUGGCGCGGCGGGGGCGGCGGGGCCGCUGGGCACCCAUGCAUGUCUUCAUUGGCCACUUGUGCCUGGCUGACCUGGCGGUGGCCUUGUUCCAAGUGCUGCCCCAGCUGGCCUGGGAUGCCACCGACCGCUUCCGGGGGCCAGAUGCCCUGUGCCGGGCUGUCAAGUACCUGCAGAUGGUGGGCAUGUACGCCUCCUCCUACAUGAUCCUGGCCAUGACCCUAGACCGCCACCGCGCCAUCUGCCGCCCCAUGCUGGCCUACCGCCACGGCGGCGGGGCGCGCUGGAACCGGCCGGUGCUGGCGGCCUGGGCCUGCUCGCUCCUCCUCAGUCUGCCUCAGCUCUUCAUCUUCGCUCAGCGUGACGUGGGUGACGGCAGCGGUGUCUUCGACUGCUGGGCCCGGUUUGCCGAGCCCUGGGGCCUCCGUGCCUACGUCACCUGGAUCGCCCUGAUGGUGUUCGUGGCCCCUGCCCUGGGCAUCGCUGCCUGCCAGGUGCUCAUCUUCAGGGAGAUUCACGCCAGCCUCGCGCCAGGGCCACCAGAGCGGGCUGCGAGGCGGCGCGGCGGGCGCCGGCCGGGCGGCCCCAGCGAGGGAGCCCGGGUGUCAGCAGCCAUGGCCAAGACCGUGAGGAUGACACUGGUGAUCGUCAUUGUGUAUGUGCUGUGCUGGGCGCCCUUCUUCCUUGUGCAGCUGUGGGCAGCCUGGGACCCAGAGGCGCCUCGGGAAGGGCCCCCCUUCGUGCUGCUCAUGCUCCUGGCCAGCCUCAACAGCUGCACCAACCCCUGGAUCUACGCCUCCUUCAGCAGCAGCGUCUCCUCCGAGCUGCGCCGCCUGCUGUGCUGCGGCUGGAGGCGUGGCCCUCCCAGCCGGGGGCCCCAGGACGAGUCCUGCGCCACGGCCAGCUCCUCACUGGCCAAAGACCCAUCCUUUUGA